GAGAGAGAGAGAGAGAGGGAGAGAGAGAGAGAGAGAAAGAAAGGCAUCCUCAGAAAUUUCUACCUGUGUGUUUAGUCGGCCGGCGGGUCGUAAGCCGAUCUCUCUCAUAUAUCGUCAUUCCAUUUUACUUUCUUUCAGUGAAACACAUAUCCACGUUUAGUAUCAUUCAUACGAAUAAUAAUAAUAAUAAUAAUAAUAAUAAUAAUAAUAACAAAGGAAGAGAGAAAAACGAUGGCAUUGGCAGAGGGUGAAACCAAUGGUGAGAUCAACAAUACUAAUGGUGGUAGCAAUCUUCGACGUGGUAGCAGUUUACGAUUACCUCCUGCAGCAUCUGUCGGUAGUGCAGAGAACGAGUUGGGCACGCAGUUACGUCGAGGGGGUUCCCUGAGGAUCCCACGAACAAGAACGGAGGAUAGAAGGACGUUGGUAGUUGAUAGUGCGAGUUCGUUGCGAGUACCGCGCGACAAAAGAUUGUCAUCCUCCUCACCUUUAACUAAUUCAUCAUCAUCAUCCUCGGAAGUGAACGGAAAAAACGGAGGAUGCGAGAGACCGGUACGACCCGCCAGGCGUUCGGCUUCAACAUUGGAUCAACCAGCACCCGAAUAUCUUGCCCGAAAUCUUCUUCAAUUAGGAUGUCCUGUUAUUUCUAUGCCUACACCUCGCGGCGGCGUUGGAUCGGAGCAUCCGCAGAGUAGCGACAGCGAUGAUUCCACCGCGACGCACAGCCAAAAUCAGGGUCAAGGUUACGGGCAUGGACAUUCUCAUGGACAGUUCGACUCUUAUACCGUGCCCAAAGUCCAAGUGUCGGGACCACCGAACCCUUCUGAAUCCUCCUCCGUCGUCAAUGGGUCUGCGGGGUCCAUAGGAGCACGUUCGGCGCCAAGUACACCGCUUCAAUCUACUACGCCUGGGGUACCGCAAACGGGCCAACAAUCGAUCAAUCCUUCUCAGCUUACUGUUGUUGCCAAUAUCCAAGUUCCCCAACCACCAAGAAGUCCGAGUCAUGCAGCAUUGAGAUGUAACGACAGUCAGCUAUCAAAGCCAUUGAGCAGGAGUACUCCAUCGAUGGCAGCCGGUGGUAUUGUUCAGACACCGGCGAAGAUCAGUAGAUCUUCAUCUAGAUCCUCGCCAUCGUCUACCAGUAGUGCAAGACAAAAGAAAUUUCAUCGGCAUUUUACUCAGUCCUCAAAAUUUCGACAUCAGGUAGCCGCGGAUGAACGUGUAUUAAACUACUACAGUUGUGCACUGGUGGGCGAUAUCCUACUUCAAGGUCACCUUUACAUAACACCGAAUUACUUCGCCUUCUAUAGCAACGUUUUCGGUUACGUUACAAAGCUGUUAAUACCAACGGCCUCGGUGUUGAAGAUCAGUAAAGAGAAGACGGCUAAGAUCAUUCCAAAUGCUGUCGCGGUAGCGACCGAGGAUGAGAGACACGUGUUCUGUUCUUUACUAUCGAGAGAUUCGACCUUCAAACUCAUGAAACAGGUUUGGGACGAGGCAAUAAUACCAAGAGCUUCACCGGACGUAUUACCUCUUCCCGAUGAAGCGAAAUUAUUACCACCGGAUACGUUGCUGGUCGACGAUUCGGAAGUUAAUCCUGAAGAAGAUGAUUCGAGUAUGUCAGAAAGUGGUACCGAUCAAACCGCUUCAAGACCACCGACUGUUUGUACCGAUACCGAUGGUUUAUCACCUACUAUUUCUAGACCAAGUCAUACUCCUGUUCCUAGUACCAGAGUGGAUUCAGUGACACCAUCGAUACCGAUCUCACCUAACAAAUCUCUUGGUACAUUUUUUGUUGGUGGAUUGAAGCCCGGCACAGUAAUCGCUAUAUUGGUUGUGGUCCUGGCAGCUUUGUAUGUUUCGGCUGCGAUGAUGAUGUUCCGCAUCGAUAGAUUGCAUACGGCAUAUCUAAAUCAUCCUCUUGUCUCACCGGAACAUUUUACGCAUGAUCGACUCUUGCAUUAUCUCAAUUCGAAUCUCGAUCAGAUAGCUAAGGUCCGGCAAAGUCUGCAAACAUUGUCGCAACAAUUUGUAGCAAUGAGUCAAGCCGGUGAAAGAGGAUCGGCAGCUGUAUCCGGAGGACCGAUAGAACCAGAAGAUGCGCCAAGUUAGCCCCCGGGGUGGAUAAAUAAUACUAAUAAUAUCAUUAAACCAAAUAAUUAUACAAAUACCCAUCGCCUUGUUAGCGUAUGAAACGUGUCUCGUUGUUUUCUUCAUGCGAGAUGAUUAUGGCGAUCACCGAAUGAUCAUUGAUGAUAAAAUAUUAUCGUUUAGCACCAUUACGAUUAGAACUUCCAACUAUAAAAAACAACAACAACAAAACAAGAAAAAAGAAGAACGGGAGCGUGGGCGGGGGAUGGGUGUUGAUAUUUGUAGGCAGUUUAGCCAUAAAAAAGAAGAAGAGUGAAUUUUUCGAUUUUAUGAUGAUUAUAUUCUCUCCUUAUAUAUAUAUAUAUGUAUAUGUAUAUAUAUAUAUAUGUAUGUAUAUGUAUGUAUGUAUAUGCUCUUCCCCAUAACCCCCACACCACACCCAUCACCGUCACCACGACAGUCCACUUCGCCUUUUAUUUUUUCUUUACAUUCUGGCGUUUUUUAUCGUUCGUCGUUACUCGUAAAUGGUUUUAUUAAAUAACUUAGAAAAAUUGUUAUGUAUAGAGAGAGAGGGGGGGGGGAGAGAAAGAGAGAGAAAACAUUUUUUAAUGCAAAUAAAAAUGACGAAAUGACGAGUCGAAAGAUGAAUGAAAAAAAAGAGCAAAGAGUAUGGAAGUAAAUGGUGGUGCUUUUUAACGGCGAACGAAAAAAGUGUUUUAUUUUUUAUUUAAACUAGUCACGCGUAACCAAGGCUCCCUGGUGCGAAAUAAAAUACAUAUGAACAAAAAGA